UAUUUACCUGUGAGAUGUACAGGGUCCAUGUUACAUUAUUUGCAGAUUUAAGCGCGUGUUGUUCAUCAGAGUCACGCGUUGUUGCAUGGACGCUGUAUUGUGAAGUGAACUGAAUCGGUUCACUGUACAAAUGUGAACGGUCUGAAGUGUCGUGCUUCGCUGACUUAUUAUUUACAAGAGAUGUGUUGUGUUGAAUCUAGUAAAUGUCAGUAUCAUGGCUUGAAGGGGGUCUUGUGUGUCAGUCUAGUUAAACCAAAUUUACUUUGAAUUGGUCAAAAGUUACACAGACAGGUGCUUUUAUUAGCCUACUACUUGUAAAUAAAUGUUAGAACUAAAUCAGAGAAUAUCUCUACAUACAUGUAGAACUCACUUGAUGGUAAUUCAUUUGUGUAGUCUUUACAUUAGCACUGUGGUGAGCUGCAUUUCCCUAAAACAUUGAAGGUGGGUGCAGCUGUGGUACUAUAGCACAGUAAUGGUGUCAAGUGCUAAUAUUUUGGUCCACGUUCCUGAAUUAUUUCCUUAUUCAUGCAUUAUUGCAUUUACAUGUGACCAUGCUGGUGAGCGUGAUUUCACCAAGUACAACAUGUUCCUGGAUCAACAUCCUUGUUGAUCCUGGAACAACAUUCCAAUCAACUAAUCAGAAUUGAGAUAUAACUUUUCAAGAAAUAUCUGUUUUAGGCUUAAAAUCAGGGUUAGAUGCUUCUACAACCUUGUUAAUCAGCUAUCAUUUACCACUGAUUUUAGGAAUAAAUUAUGGGUAGGGAUAGGUUUAGGGGUAGGGAUUGGUUUAAGUCUAUAAUUUUGGAAAAUAAUGUUGAUCCAGGAUCAUCAAAAGAUGUUGAUCCAGGAGCAAUACUUGGCAAAAUCACGGCGACCCUACUAUGCCAUAGCACUAUCCUGGCACAUGUCCUAAAAAUCUCUGAAAUGCCAUUGACUUUAUUUAUUUGAGUUUGUUUUGUCUGUAUUUUGAAUGUUUUUGUCUUUGUAUGCAGCAAAUGCAUUGACAAUGUCUCCUGGUAUAUUAAUCUCAUAGAGUGGUAGUUUUAAGUUGAAAUGAAAAUGACCUGCAGCCUGUGAUGUUUUAUGGUUUAUUAGGAUUCAGGCUACAACAUUGCAAAUAUUGACUGGGCAGUUUUAUUUGUGAUAAAUGCUGGCAGUAGUGUAGUGUAGGAUCACGUUGAAAGUAAGGCUGUGUGCAUGUAUAAAUCAUUGUUAUCAGAGAGUGUUUUGUGUUCUUGUCUCGUCUCUUGCUUUCAUUCAGAUCAGUUCGUCCAUGCUGUGUGUCGGCCAUUAGAGCCCAGUUGUUAUAGAUAUGCAGUUAGUCAUCAGAUCAGAAGUAGAGCCCGACCGAUAUAUCGGCCGGCCGAUAUUAUCGGGCGAUAUGAGCUUAUUGCAUUUAAAUCGGCAUCGGCGUUGAAACAUGAGAAACAGAGUCUCAUGCUUCACUCAUGUUAUGAGUGUUGCAUAGUUUGCCCACCAGAGGGAGCUCCGCAGUUGCAGAGAGUCUGCAACUCCACUAUAGAAGAAAGCGAUCAGCCAAGCCACAGAGAUGUACUGUUUUGACGCUGCUCAGAGUGAGGAGAGAGAGCGGGAGUGUGCAUUUAAUGACCAGCACCAGCAGCUGGAUGAGCAGAACGUGGCUGCUGACUGGCACAUCACCAGAGAAAAUAACACCAUCCUGUGCAGCAAGAGCAGCCGCUGCUAUGGCCUGUGGGAGAAAACACAUGACGGAGAGAUCCGCCUGGUCAAACAAGGCUGUUGGACUUACAUUGGUGACCAGCAGGACUGCCAUGACGACCGUUGCGUGGUUACCACCACGCCGUCACAGAUCCAGAAUGGCACCUACAGAUUCUGCUGCUGCAGCACCAACAUGUGCAACGUCAACUUCACAGAGAACUGGGUCCCCAGCCCCACCAGCACCACCCAAGAGCAGCAGCCUUUGCACAGAGAUGAGGCCAUCUUCAUCGCCCUCGCGUCUGUCUCUAUACUAGCGGUCUUGAUCGUGGCACUGUUCUUCGGCUAUCGCAUGAUGAUGGGCGAGUGUAAACAGCGUCUGCACAACAUGGACAUGAUAGAGGCCGCACCGUCAGAACCAUCUCUGGAUUUAGACAGUUUAAAACUCCUGGAAUUGAUUGGUCGAGGACGCUACGGUUCUGUCUAUAAAGGAUCACUGGAUGAACGCCCAGUUGCUGUAAAGGUUUUUACCUAUGCCAAUCGGCAGAACUUUGUGAAUGAGCGCUCUAUCUACCGAAUCCCUCUUCUGGAGCAUGACAACAUCGCUCGUUUUAUUGUUGGCGAUGAGCGUCUCACAGCGGAUGGGCGGAUGGAGUACCUGCUGGUUAUGGAGUACUAUCCUCAUGGCUCUCUGUGUCGGUACCUGAGUCUGCACACGCUGGACUGGGCGAGCUGCUGUCGUCUGUCACAUUCGGUCACCAGAGGACUGGCCUACCUGCACACUGAGCUCCUGAGAGGAGAUUUGUAUAAACCUGCCGUUUCACAUCGGGAUCUAAACAGCCGUAAUGUUCUGGUGAAGAACGAUGGCACAUGCGUGAUCAGCGACUUUGGCCUGUCCAUGAAACUGACGGGAAAUCGCCUCGUACGGCCUGGUGAAGAGGAAAAUGCCGCCAUCAGUGAGGUGGGCACAAUCCGCUACAUGGCGCCAGAAGUCCUGGAGGGAGCGGUGAACCUCAGGGACUGCGAGUCGGCUCUGAAACAGGUGGACAUGUAUGCCAUUGGUCUCAUCUACUGGGAGACCUUCAUGAGAUGCACUGACCUUUUUCCAGGGGAGGCAGUGCCAGAUUACCAGAUGGCCUUCCAGGCCGAGGCAGGGAACCACCCCUCCUUUGAGGACAUGCAGGUUCUGGUGUCCAGAGAGAAACAGAGACCCAAGUUCCCAGAAGCCUGGAAGGAGAACAGCCUGGCCGUGCGCUCUCUCAAGGAGACUAUGGAGGAUUGCUGGGAUCAGGACGCAGAGGCUCGUCUGACAGCGCAGUGUGCAGAAGAGCGCAUGGCAGAACUGCUGCUGAUCUGGGAAAGAAACAAACCCGUCAGCCCCACCAUCAAUCCCAUGAGCACAGCACUGCAGAACGAGAGGAAUCUCACGCACAGUCGCAGGGCUCCCAAGAUGGGCCCUUAUCCAGAUUACUCUUCAUCCUCUUACAUCGAGGAUCAUGAAGGCAUGGUGAAGAACCUCCCAGGUGACGUCUCCACGUCUGGCACGUCCUCUGUGGGUGGCCUGGGUGUGAGCGGCAUCAGUGGUGGUGUGGCGGUGGCGGGAGAGAAGAACAGAAACUCUAUCAACUAUGAGAGACAGCAGGCUCAGGCCCAAGCUCGGCUGCCCAGUCCAGAGACCAGCGGCACGAGUCUGUCGGCCACAACCACUACAACAGGCCUCACGCCCAGCACUAUCAUGACCACCAUCUCUGAAUCAGGCCACUCGGAGGAGGCCGGAGCCGGAGGAAGCGUACCAGUGUGCCUUCAGCUCACAGAAGAGGACCUGGAGACCACCAAACUGGACCCCAAGGAGGUGGACAAGAACCUGAAAGAAAGCUCUGAUGAGAACCUGAUGGAGCAUUCGCAGAAGCAGUUCAGCGCUCCUGACCCGCUCAGCUCGGGCAGCUCCAGCCUCUUGUUCCCGCUGAUCAAACUCGCCGCAGAAGUCACUGGUGGAUCAGGAACUGGCAUCCAGGCCGAUUUCGGAAUGGGCGGCAGUGGAAUGGGCGACACUCCUACAGCCAUGUUCCCUCUUCCCAAACAGCAGAAUCUCCCCAAGCGGCCCACCAGCUUGCCUCUCAACUCCAAAAACUCUGGCAGGGAGUCCUCGUCGUCACGGUUAAAGUUUGGCAAGCACAAGUGCAACCUGAAGCAGGUGGAGACGGGCGUAGCCAAGAUGAACACCGUAGUGACAGCCGAGCCACACUUGGUCACUGUCACUAACAACGGACCCAGUGUCCGUAACGGCGCUGGAGUUGUGGUUGUUAAUGGAUAUGGUGGGGGAAGUGGGGCCGGCUCCUCUGAUGCGUUUGGGAACACGAACCCAGCCGGGCCACAGGGUGACGGCGGUGCCCCUCUGCUCCAGAGCCAGCUAAGCGGAGAAGACAGCCGUCUCAACAUCAACUCCAGUCCUGACGAACACGAGCCCCUGUUGAGGAGAGAGCAGCCGGCGGCGCGCGAUCACUCCGGCCGCACCAACUCCAAUAACAACAACAGCAACAACAUCCACACAACCGCCGCUGCCACGAUUCAUACCUUAGUUCCUGUAGACGCCCAGAUGACAUUAACCAACUCUCCAGGGAAGCCAGACGGAAGGGACGAUGGCGUUCCUCUGAGACAGCAUAAGCCCAGCAGACCGGAGCGGCCAAACUCACUGGACCUGUCAGCAACUUCCCAGGAUUCUUCUCUUCUGGAAGAGGUCUUGUCACAAGAGGGAAAAGCCGGAUCGGCCGAGAAGAUUAAGAAGCGUGUGAAGACACCUUAUUCUUUGAAAAGAUGGCGUCCUUCUACAUGGGUCGUCUCUACAGAAACGCUGGACGGAGAGGUGAAUAACAACGGGCACGGCCUGAAGAUGGGCACGGGAGACACUGGAGGCAGUCACCCAGGUUCUGGCCAAUCAAAAUCCAGCAUCGCUGUGUUCCUGGUCAGUGGUGGAACUGCGACCGCCGCUCUAACCUCCGACCCGCCAGAUAUGACCAGCCUGUGAACUCGCAUCUCCGCUUUUCCUCUGAGGACGAGCCCAAAUCAGACUUUGAACACAGGAGGGGUUUGUCUAUGCUGACCAGCUGAUGACCGAAAAGAGACUUUUUGGAAAGCAGACUCUUGACGGGACGUAAUUUGGCGAGCACUUAACUUUGUCGAACUUAUCCAACUUGUUUUGAAGAAAUCGCUUUAAACCGAACCCAGCUAUGCAGCAACAUUGGCAUAAAAUGCUUCCAUUUGUUUUUGUCGUUUCUUCUUCAAUCAAGUAUGAUUCUUGUAUGCCUGUUCUUUCAUUUGUUGCACUUUUCUUUUGUAAGUAAUCUUAACCACAGAUCCUCCGACCAUGUUAAAGACUGGUCUUAAAACGUAAAGACGUAAACGACAAUGUGUUGAUUUAACAAUCAUAGUAGAUUGGGGCGAAAUUGAAAUCAUGUCCAUCUAAAAAAGGCACCCAAGCAGUGGUCUCUAAGACAGGGUUGACUGCAUCUCAAUUACCUUUUAACCCACCAUACAUUCAUGUUUUAUAUUUGUUGUACGUAUCUGUGUACUCAGAUUUUUUUGUAUCAUAUUUUGAAAUGUGCAAUAGACAUUAGCUUGGAGGUGCUCCAUAAGACAAUGUAACUUUGCUCUGUUUAUCGCCGCUUCUGUUUGUUUCUCGUCUUUAGUUUAAUGUCUUGAAAGGCUGCACUUAGCAGUGGCAAUCCUGUGUCCAUUUGGCCAGCCCGACUGCAUUUGAGAAACAUCGUACAAAUGACAAUCUUACACCUUUUCACCAGUCCCAUUACUCUUGAAAAGGGAGGUAAAUAGAAAAUCUUGGGGUGUUCAUAACAGACAACUUCUCACAAACUUCGACGAGACAGUAUGUUUUUUUUUUUUCUGUUACAGUACAAGUCAAGCAUCAGCCUGGACUGUUUGCUGGAAAUCAUGCUUUCUGAAGACACUGAAUAUUCAAGUCCCUCUCUGCACAUGCUCAGUGCAGUUUUACCUCUGUGAGAGUGUUUGUAAAUGUGUGUGUGUGUGUAUGGGUCUGUUUCUGCUUCACGGAGCUGCUUGGAUCACAGCUGAAAAGGCAUCAGUCAAACAAGACUUUUCACUUCCCAUCUCUGCCAGGACAAUGGACGUUUGCUUGGUGUCCUUCAGAAACCGAACAUGCACGUACAUACGACCUGAACAAAAUAUAUACUGUAUGUACAGACUGAAGCUCACAGCUACUUUAGUUCGGUUUUAGCCUUUGUUAAAGAUAAGCUGACAUGAUUAGUGCACAUUACGAAAUCAUGAUUUUAUCCAUAUUAGCUGUUUCUGAAGUUAUUUUUUGUUCUUUUUUUUAUUUAUGUAGUAUCCAGGGCCAUCUUCAUUCUCUGGGUUUAUUAUUCUUAUGAAAUCGAAUCGAGAAGUUGUGUAUAAUCAUGUAAAAUUAUCUUAUUUCAAUGAUACUUUCAGUCAAAUACAUCAAAAAUGCAUGUGGUUUCACCCUUCUUUUGCAAGUGAAUCAUAUACAGUCGAGGAGAGAUUGAGCUUUUUUUUUGGUGCCACUAGAAAUACAGUUGUAAAAGUACAGCAUCCUCAUUUUGAAAUCAUCUAUGAGAGCAGAUGAUCUUUGUACCAGCCAUAACAUGGGCCUUGUGUUUUAUCCUAACUGCUGCCUUUUGUAGAAAAUAAUGGGCAUGAGCCAUUCAAAUAAUGACAUGGUGAUUAGGAAAAUUCCCUCAUAUAGCAAGACCCGGCUUCCCUUCCCAAGAAAGCAGAUGUUUGAUCAAAGAGCACUUACCGUGCUGUAUGCAUUUUCAAUAAUGAGUGUGGGGUUUUAAACCAUGAUUUGGCACAAGCCAGUAUUAUCUUUGGACUUUGUCCAGUGCAGAGAGGGGAACUUUCAAAAAGUCAUCUGAUAUGUCACUUCCAUUGGCUUUUUCUAUCGGAAAACAAGAAAAUGCAGUCCAGUUUACUUUCUCAUGCCCUCUUUUCUUAACCAAUCAGCGCUUCAGUCUGACUUUUGUAUAUGUUUGUAAUAUAGGCUAACCUCUGUAAAUAUUCAGUGCAUUUAUAUGCACAUUUACAGACUCUUCAUCUGUUGCUUUGGGACCAAGAACAACUCUAAAUCACUGUGAGAUUUAUCUGAAGAUAAACACAGAAACGUUAGACUGUUUUCAGCUAGAUACGUCAGUGUGAAUGCUGGAGUCGAACAGAAGAUUAUGAACUGAAAUAAGAAAUAAUAGCCUAAUAAAAGACAAAACAAACCUCCAGUGCUCAUUUAAAUAAAAUGAACCAACGUUUAUGAUUUAGACCAAAGCGUUUAAGCUUAAACGAGACAUUGGAAGUGUAUUUUGUUCAAGAGGACUGUCCAUCUGCUACAUGUUAAUAACGCAAGAUGUUUACACCAGAGCCUUUGUCCAGUUUUACAGCACACUGUUGAAUACCAAAUCAUUUACAGAUACUACAUGCCUUGUUUAUUCUUGAAGAAGUCAGACUUUUUUAAUUCAGUCAAGUUGCAGGAAUGCUUUAACUAAACCAAGUUGUACUCUUGAGUGUAAAAUGAGUCCGUUACUGAAUCCUACAUCCAUUGGAACUCAUUAUACUUGCAAAAACCAAACAUGAAAAUGACUAACAAUGUGUCCCCUCGAACUUUGAGUAUCAGCUGUAUUUUGGGGUGCAAAUGAGCCAACGAAUGAAGGGUCUGUGUUGACAAGCUGCUUUUUUCUUUUUACUUUUGAGUUCAUAACUGAAGCUGAAGUCUUUAUUUGGCCCCUGCAUAGAUGGAUGUUCCAAAAACAUAUAUAAAAAUAAAAAAGCAACUUACGUUUUCUAUUACAGCUUGUAAAGUAAGCACUUUGAGAAAAAAGAUCAAAUGAUAACUCAUGCUUUUAGUCUAUGCAGAACGUGUUUUAAAAUGUCAUUUAGAAAAUAAAGCUUGCUGUACAACCCUGCAUUAUUCAGUUGAUUAAAGAUUAUAUUAAUGAAAACCGG